ACCACUAAACAGAACGCGACGGUAGUGAAGAAGGAAUAUCUUUGGAAGCCGCUUGUUAGACUACAACAACAUUGAUUUGACAGCUAACGUUAAUCAGAACCUGCAAAUAUGGCAGAAGUCGAGGAGACACUAAAGAGAAUUCAAACUCACAAAGGUGUAAUUGGAACAAUAGUUGUUAAUGCCGAGGGUAUCCCAAUCAGAACUACCUUAGACAACUCCACCACGGUGCAGUAUGCUGGUCUGCUGCACCAGCUCACUAUGAAAGCCAGGAGCACAGUCCGAGACAUCGACCCUCAGAACGACCUGACCUUCCUCCGAAUCCGCUCCAAGAAGCAUGAGAUCAUGGUGGCACCUGACAAGGAGUAUCUAUUGAUAGUCAUCCAGAACCCUAGUGAAUAGCCCCAGGAUGUUCCUGUGAGAGUCAGGCAGUAGCUCCUCACACACUGAUCUUUGUCUCUGUCAAGAAUAGAUGUUUUGUUUAACUGGACCACACAUUUUGCUUUCUGUGUAUUUUCUUAUUUUUCGGCUUUUUGUACUCUGCAAUAUGUUGCCUUAUUCUAUUCAUUCUCCUUCUUCUUAGCCAUUGUCAUCAAUUAAAAAAAUAGAAGAAACAAGAAUGUCAUAACAA